AAUAUGGGUGCCUACGGCUCGAACCUGGACGAUAUCCUAGCAGAGGACAUGCACCACUGGUACAACAAAUUCAUGAGGGAGUCUCCCUCGGGGCUCAUCACGCUCUUCGAACUGAAGGCCAUGCUAGGCCUGACGGGCAUGACGGAGGAGGCCAGCAGCUACGUCGAUCAAGUCUUCUACACCUUCGAUAUGGAUGGGGAUGGCUAUAUAGAUUUUGUGGAAUAUAUUGCGGCUGUAAGUUUACUACUGAAAGGGGAAAUAAACCAGAAACUAAAGUGGUAUUUCAAGCUCUUUGAUCAAGAUGGAAAUGGAAAAAUAGACAAAGACGAAAUGGAGACAAUAUUUAAGGCGAUACAAGAUAUCACCAGAAGUUAUGACGUACCUCCGCAGGAUAUCGUAAACUUGAUAUACGAGAGAGUUGAUGUCAAUGGAGAAGGUGAGUUAACAUUGGAGGAGUUCAUCAGUGGAGCCAAGGAGCACCCUGACAUCAUGGAAAUGCUUACCAAAAUGAUGGAUCUGACUAAUGUCCUGGUGAUCAUCGUCCAGGGCCGGCGGAAGAGUGUAUGA